CGGCGGCCGCGGGCGGCUCCCCAUGGAGCGCAGGCAGCUGGGGCCGGGAGCUCAGCGCGCACAGGGACCCCGCCCCGUAGUGAAGCCGGCCGGGAGGCCAGGACGCCGCCGUCUCCGAUGCGAGCCCUGCUGCUGCUCUGCGCGCUGGCCGGGCUCUGCGGGUGCCAACCUGCUGCUAGAUUAGAACUAAAUGUGACCGAGCAGGAGGAAAAUGUGCCUAUGGUAUGGGACUACAGCGUGGAUGGGAGCACCAGGCCUUCAGGAAUUGACUAUGAAGAUGCUGAAGAAGACGAGGAGGAGGAGGAGGACCAGGACCCAGCAGUGCCUAUGUACAUUGUAGAUGAUUCAAUUAGAGUUGAACCAGUGAUUAAACCCAAGCAAACAAAAACAGAUCGGGAAAAGAAUCCUGACAAAACAAAGAAGAGAAACAAAGGGAAGAAAAAUAAAAAGAAGAAGAAAGGGACACCAUGUGAAGCAGAAUACAAAAAUUUUUGUAUUCAUGGUGAAUGCAAAUACCUAGAAGACCUCAAAGAAGUAACAUGCAAGUGUCAUCAGGAUUAUUUUGGUGAACGCUGUGGUGAACAGUUCAUGAAGACUCAGAAGAGAAAUGACAUAGACAACUAUUCAACAACGAUAUUGGUGGUGGUAGCUGUUCUGCUCUCCAGCAUCAGCUUCAUUGCGAUUGUCGUCAUUGUUAUAGUGCAGCUCAGGAAAACGUAUCCUCGAUGUGAAGAAAAGGAGGAAAGAAAAAAGCUCAGACAAGAGACUGGAAAUGGCCACGUCGGCGUGUAAAGGAGAGCGCAGAACAUGAAGCUGAAAUGACCUUUGCCGAAGCGACAGACUAACUCCUUCAUGAAGAUCCAUGUAGGAGAUGGCCAGUGUUGGAGCCACUAGGAGCUGUUGCCAGGAGGCCCCACUCAAUCAACAUGGAUCCUGUAAGGAGGCAUCUGAAGAACAACUUGAUGCUGAGAAGCUAGCUGGCCAGGGCUGCUGCCUCCACAUUGGGCAGCCAGGAUGUGUUGGAUGUUGCAACUAGAGGGUUAAAAGCACCACUGUUAGGAGCUACAGGAACUUCUGACAUUGGGCCCCAUCCAGUCAUUGAUGGAAGACUACUAUCUUUCUGCUGCUACCUGGAUAACAUUCCUUCUGACUCUUGGUGUUUGCUGCGAAUGUUGUAGAAAGUCUCCCUUUAAGGGAGAUCAUGGCUUUAAGGAGAACAGAGAGCUUGUUGCCCCUCUCUGCUCCAUUGUUACACAAAAGGAAGUGGGACCAGAUUUGAUUAAGCUUGUUCCCCAGACCUUUAUGACUGGAGGUGCACUACAGGUGUGGGGACGAGCUUUCUUCUCCCACCCCUGUGAUCCUAUGUGCUGUAUCUGCUUUAUUAGCAGCAGGCCAGGAAUCUGAAGGCUUGUCUGCACCACCAGGGUCUGAAUUCUAGUGUGCUGUGGACUAACUGGUCUGUGUCGACCUUGCUGGUGCACGCUACAGAUUUACCUAGUGCAGAGUUACAGUCCUGUUCCAAGCAGUAAUGCGCACUGGGAAACUUGCAAUGCCAGCAGGGUCCACAUAGUCCAGUUUGCACAUGACAUACUAGUUCAGACUAAAGCAUGGUGUAGACAAGCCUGACUCUGGUUCUUCCCCAAAAUCUACUCAUGAUAUCUCACUGAAGAUCCCUUUUGUAAUAAACCUGGGCCCUGAUCCUGCGAACACUUAAGCAUGAGUAAUUCCAUUGACUUCAAUGGGACUAUUCAUAUGAGUGAAGUUAUGCACCCAUUUGCUGGACUGAGUGAUUGCUUUGGAGUCUCAAUUAGAAUCAUAGAAUAUCAGGGUUGGAAGGGACCUCAGGAGGUCAUCUAGUCCAAUCCCCUGCUCAAAGCAGGACCAGUCCCCCACUAAAUCAU